AUGCUUGCAGGAUUCAAGGUUUUUACGGUGAGACGAUCGGUGAGACGUGCUGUGCUACUGCGCCCCGACGACAACGCGGAGAGACUCUUACAAGACUGUUGCUCCCUGGAGAUCGGCGAGGAACGCCAGCGUCGGGUCGCUAUGAUGGAGUCCCUGUGCCAGGUGAACGGCACGAAGAGCAACGGAGGCAACGACAGCAACGCGAACAAUGGGAACAACAAUCACAACUCAGACUGUCCGGAUCCCCAGCAGAGGCUGGCUGUGCUCAGUUUCGAGCAAGUUAGACGAUUGAACGAUGUGAUGAACGAAGUGGUGUGCAUCCACGGUCGUGGUAAUUUUCCUACUUUGGAAGUCAGAUUGAGAGACCUGGUUACCGUGGUCCGUAGCAAAUUAGAGUCUGACCCGAGCAACGGUGGCGCCGGUAUGAGGGUACGCGACAUUAGGUUGAACGGCGGCGCGGCUUCUCACGUUUUGGUCACCGAGUCGCAACCGUACAACGAUUUGGACUUAAUAUUUGCAGUGGAAUUGUCGAGCGGGCGAAACUACGACAAGGUGAAGGCCGCGGUGCUUGGCUCGUUGUUCGACCUGCUGCCAGAAGGUGUCAGCCGUAAACGUAUAACCACGUGCAGCUUAAAAGAGGCGUACGUGAGCAAAAUGGUGAAAGUGAAUAACGAUGGAGAUCGGUGGUCCCUGAUUUUCCUUGGGAACUCACGAGGUCAUAGGAACGUCGAACUGAAGUUCGUUGACUCGAUGAGGCGGCAGUUUGAGUUCUCGGUCGACUCGUUCCAGAUCGUGCUCGACUCACUGCUUCUGUUCUACGAGUGCAGCAAGCUACCAAUUGGCGAGAACUUCUACCCAACCGUGGUCGGAGAAUCGGUUUAUGGUGGGCCUUAG